AUGCUGCUGGAGAUUUUUACCUUAGUUCUAGGUAUUCCUUUUAAAUUAGCUCUUGAGUGCUAUGUUUGCACUAAUGUAGAAGGGAACUGGAAUGAAUGCAUUAGAACAGUUCAAACCUGCGAUCCUUCACAAGAUACCUGCCAGUCGAUUGUGCAGUAUCGAACUCCACCUUUCUGGACAGUGCUAGCUGAGAGAAGAGCAUUUGUUACAAAGGGCUGUACAACAACAUCAGGUUGUGAAAUGACAUCAUCAGUCACAUCACAGCAUUGUUCCAGAUCAAAAACGAGAGACUGGAUAUGUUCUUAUUGCUGCAAUACCGAUAGGUGCAAUUACUACGUGCCUGGAACUGCCUCACGACCAUCUACUGUUCAUGGUUGUUUAAUACUGUCCACUACCUUCCUAUGGAACAUAAACAAUUCUUGUGAUGAUAAAUUCUCUGGAGAUUAUUUGAAUGAAAGCCAGAAGUUGAUUUCGACAAAUUAUGACCAACUGUGUAAUUCGAACAUCAUCUACUGCUAA